GUCAUAAAGUUGUUGUUUUGGUACACUAGGUUUUAAUUUUAAGUGUUUUAAAAAGUUCCGCUCUCGAGAUUCCACACUUGGAAUGCAAACUAGCUUUAAAUAGCAGCCUGAGAGUUAACUGAUCAGCGACAUUACGAAUUGAAACUGAAAUCUGACACCGCUGCGUCGAGCCGGCGCUACUGCUAACGCUGAGCUAACGCUAACUUCUCUCGCCUGCGUUUUCUUCAACGAGUCUGCUACUGUACACCGUUUAUACAUUCGACGAGGAACAAACAGUCUCUAAUCUCAUUUAGUUCCCGCGGUGUUAUGUCUGUUUUUUUGUAGAUCUUAGAACAAUGCUGUCUUCUUCCUAGUUAAUGUAGGUGUAAACUUUAAACGACGUCAGAGCAGCUGCUUGUUCUUCAUUAGUUGAUGUAGCUGAGCAGCUAGCUGCACAUUUAGGUGUUCACCCGGCGUCUAGUUUUCUAUCUUACGCUAGGCUUGCUACAGUUACUUCAGUCUGUCGGUGUUUUUAACCUUAAUAAUUGACCAUAUAUCAGCCAGCAACAUUUAAGUCACUGCUAUCUGAAUUUAGCGGGAUAACAUGCCUCAGAAGCGGCGGUCACAGUCUUGGGCAGAGCUGAAACAAGCUGGCAACGACUGCUUUAAGACCGGACAAUAUGGAGACGCCAUCUCUCUGUACAGCCAAGCCAUCGAGGUGUUGAAGAAAUCGGGUCAGAAGAACCAGGAAGAUCUUGGUAUUUUAUAUUCAAAUCGGGCUGCCAGUUACUUGAAAGAUGGAAAUUGCAGUGAAUGCAUUAAAGACUGCACAAUAUCUUUGGAACUGGUUCCAUUUGGGAUUAAAUCACUUUUACGCCGUGCUGCCGCUUAUGAAGCUAUGGAGAGAUACAGACAAGCCUAUGUAGACUAUAAAACAGCCUUACAGAUCGACUGCAACCUGCCUGCAGCUCAUGAUGGAACCAACAGAAUGACAAAGGCACUGACUGAGUUGGAUGGACCAGAUGGAUGGCGAGAAAAGCUUCCUCCUAUCCCAACUGUUCCCAUGUCAGUAAAAGAGAAAUUUUUGCGAACUACAAAGUCAACUGUGAAUGCACAACCGAUCAACCUAAAUGGAAAUAAACAAAUGAGUGGUGAUGUGAAAAAGGCCAAACUGCUAAAGGAGGAGGGGAAUGCAUUUGUGAAGAAAGGACAGCAUAAGAAAGCAGUGGAUAAAUACACACAGUCUCUCAGCCAGGACCCCACUGAAGUCACAACCUACACAAACAGGGCUCUGUGCUAUCUGUCACUACAAAUGUAUACGGAAGCAGUGAAAGACUGUGAAGAGGCUCUUCACCUGGACCCAUUCAACAUUAAGGCCCUGUACAGACGUGCACAGGCACACAAGGAGCUUAAGAACAAGAGAACUUGUGUGCAAGAUCUCAAUAGCUUGCUCAAAAUAGAGCCCUACAAUGCUGCUGCACAGAAGCUACUACAAGAAGUACUGAAGAUGAAAUAAUUUUUUUUUUUUUUUUUUUUUUGCAAAGUGCCUCAAGUUAACCCAAUUCUCAGAUACAUUCAGACUUGUUACUUAAAGAUGACAGUUUUAUUAGUGGCAUAAAGUAAUUUCAUAUGCUCAAAUGUAUUGAAUCAUCUUCCUAUUCUUUAAAUUUUUGGGGUGUAUUUGUGUCAGAGGCACCUCGCCACAACAAAUUUACACAGUCACAACUAUGAGAAAUGCACUCAAUUAUCUAGUCUUGUUAACUGUUUAAAACAGCAAGGAGUUAAAUAAGGGUUUGUUGUGCAGUUAAUGUAUACUUUAGUGUUCAGAUACAUAUUGGCUAGCUUAAGGGAAAUCAAAUUCCUACAUGUAAACCCCCAGUUAAUUAAGCAUAUUUACUUGUUUGCUUACAAAUAGCUCUGACAGUAACUUGCUGUUGAUAAUCAACAACCACCCUUAUACGUUUUCCAACUUGGUAAAUUGACAAUACCAACAGCAUAGAGGUGAUAAGUAUGUCAGGCUUGUUCAUAAUUAUCAAAUUAAACCAAAUGACAGAUCUGCUGAAUGACGGUCAUUUUGUAAAAACAAGAAUAAAUUCUGCAAACUUUUA